AUGGCUCGGUAUGGCGUGGCAGCUGCCGCGGGCAGCGAUAUAACACCUUUCCCAACCCGACAGAUGGCCGUACUUGCGUUGUGCCGGAUAUGCGAACCAAUCGCAUUCAUGUCGAUAUUUCCCUACGCAUACUUCAUGGUCGAAUCAUUCAUGACCGGACAUUCCACCGCCCAAAUUUCCAUGUACACCGGCAUGGUCACAUCCUCGUUCGCAUUCAUGGAAUGCAUCAGCGGCAUUUUCUGGGGCCGACUCAGUGAUCGGGUAGGACGGAAGAAGGUCCUACUUGGAGGUCUUUUUGGUACGGGGCUGAGCAUGUUGCUCUUCGGCUUUUCCCAGAGCCUACCAAUGGCGUUGAUUGCGCGGGCUCUCGGGGGUUUGCUUAACGGGAACAUCGGCGUUCUCCAGACCACUGUCGCAGAGCUUGUUACGGACGAGCGACAUCAGCCGCGCGCUUAUUCCAUCAUGCCCUUUGUCUGGUGCCUUGGCACCAUCAUUGGCGGAGCGCUUGGCGGCUUGCUCGCUCGUCCCGCUAACGUAAUGCCGUUUUUCCAGGACACCAUCUUCGAAACGUACCCGUUCCUUCUUCCAAACUUGGUCUGCACCGGCUUUGUCGUUCUCGGCCUGACUGUCGGUAUUUUGUUCUUGGAAGAGACCCACGAGGAUCGCAAAUACGACCAGGAUCGAGGCCGCGAAGCGGGGCAAUGGCUUCUCCAGAAGCUGUGGAAGCGCGACGCAGAUGCGAGAUUUGACGACAAGGAUGCUUCGCUUGACGAGAUGCGCUCGAUGUUGAGCGACCACGACCACGACGUCCAGGCCUACCGCAGCACCGACACUUCGCCUACUCUCUGCAGCACACGAACUUCCAUUUCAGAGGUCCCGGAAUUUGAGUUGGACAAGCAGUUCGAGCCAGCGCCGACUUUCCGACAAGCAUUCACCAAGCAAGUGUGCCUGAAUGUAGUGUGCUAUGGUGUUCUUGCUUUCCACACCAUCUCUCUCGAGCAACUUCUACCUAUUCUCAUGUCCAAGCAUGUGCCAACCGAGGGAAGCCAACAUCUUCCCUUCCGCUUUGAGGGUGGUUUCGGAUGGUCCACUCAAACGACCGGCGCGUUCCUCGCAGUGCAAGGUUUCCUCCAGAUGUUCGCACAGGUCAUCCUUUUCCCUUGGGUCAGCAAGAGGCUCGGCAGCCUUCGUACUUUCUGGAUCACUCUAGCUUGCUACCCGAUCUUGUACCUCCUUGCUCCUUACCUGGCUAUCCUUCCCGAAAACUUGCGCAUCCCUGGACUUGCGGUUCUGCUCAUGGCCAAGGUCACCUUCCAAUCGCUCUCCUACCCGUCCCUGGCUAUCAUCCUCGCAAACUCAUCCCCAUCGAAGAAGGUUCUCGGCACGUUGAACGGCGUUGCCAUGUCUUCUGCCAGUAUCUCUCGCGGCUUCGGUCCCACCAUCUCGGGUGCCGUCGACAGCCUUGGUACCACGCUCCACAUGUCUGGUCUUGCGUGGUGGGCUAUCGCCGCCGUUGCUCUCCUUGGAUGGCUCCCCGGUUUCGCCCUCACAGAGACCAAGCGAUCCAGCUUCGCCGCACAGGACGAGGAGUCUUUCAUCGACUCUGACUCUGACGCAGAGUCUGUCAUCACUCUUACUCCGGACGACAUCGAGAUCGUCCUCUCCAAAUAG